GUGCCGGGUGGGAGUCCUGGGCAGAGCCACUCUAUAAGAGCGCCCUCCAGAGGCGGGGCUAGCCCCGGUAGACGGGUUGAUACUGUGGAAAGUUUUUUAUGCUCUUUCUGUGGCACGAACAUCCUGGUGUCUCGAGUGCGGCGGGAAGGGCAAUUGUUCAGGUGUUCCGGAAGGCUGAUCUCUUUCCUGGUCUUUGAAAGACGGGUUGGAGUCUUUCCUUCAAAGCAGAAGCGUCGUUAUUCGAAGGAGCGAGCAGUGUGUCCCAGAGGAGGGGCGGGCAGCAGUUUGGAUGUUGGUUGGGCCCUAGGACACUGUGUUUAGGGAGGAGCAGCCAGGGAGCCAGGCUUUAGCCUGGAAGCAAGACAGGACCAGUGGGAAAGGGAGAUCUCAGACUUGUACAAGAGAAUGAUUUUUUUGCUGAAUAGGGCUGAGGCCGGCGUUGUUUGCCUGGUAGGACACAGGAACCCUCAGCUACGGAAAACAGAGGGCCGGGAGGUGAUAGGAUUCCAGGGGAAGGCAGAUAAGGGCUGAAAGAAGAGCCUGGGAUAAGAUCCUAACCCAGCCAGGGGUAGAAUAGUUAGGAGAAGAGAAGUCCCACUGUGUUCAUCCUUCACGUGUGCCCCCGCUCCCUCAAGUACUCAUGACGGUGCCUUUCUUGGCACCAGCAAAGGUCUCGAUCCAAAAGGUGGAUUCUCAAAGUGUUUAGUGCUGAUGUCAGUCUGGGACCAUUGGUUUCCGGUAUCAACUUCUGCUCUCAGUGCGGUGAUUCAGACCCUCAUUGCAAACCUCCCAAGGUAGUAGCCAGGAGAACUUGGGUAACAUUUAGAACAUAAAUGGUGACUGAGCCCAAGGGUAGAUAAACCAGUUAGAUGUCCAGGAAGGAGUAGGGCCCAAAUGGGAUCCUAUACCAUACUCCUGGAAAAAUAACAAGUCUCUCUCCUCGUGCGUUAAGAGGACAGGCUCUAUGCCUUUUGGGCCCAGGAAGUCGUCCCUCAAUCCAUCUCCUCAUCUGUCCGCCCCCACCCCCCAUCAAGUCCCGGGUUGUAGACCCCCUACAUGGCUUCUUUUGACUACUUUGUCUUGAACUCUAGGGAAUUCCCCAUGUCCCUCAGGGUAAUUUGGCUGGGGAAAGUCACUUCCCAUCUGUUAAAUGGGAGCUAGGGACCUGACCCCAAGCAGAUAAGGUAUGGGGGUAAACUUUUGUCAAGGGCUUUUCCUUCAGGUCAUAGGGGAUGCCCAGGCACCGAAAGGCAACCUGGGAGUGGAGACUGAUCUCAGGAGCCCACCAAAAGUCCCUACGGGAAUCUUUUCUGCCCUUCCCUCCAAGAUUAACUGAAACCUGCUAAUUGUGGCAGCCCUUCACAUGUUCCCCUCCCCCACAGCCUCUUCCUCCUCACUCCUCCCCCUUCCAUCAGAAUGAUAAAGAAAGGGAUUGGCCUGCCUGUCCCAGCAUGGCCUCAGGCUGGGACCCCACCUCUACUUACAGGCAGUCUGCCCUGAGCCCCCUGUUAGGUCAGACCCCCACACAGGGCCGCUUUCCUUGCGUGAUGUCUUGCAACACCUCUCAUCAGAGGCCUCCAAAGGCAGAGUCUCCCCCCAAGAGGAGGAAGAAGAGAUACCUGCGACAUGACAAGCCCCCCUACACCUACUUGGCCAUGAUCGCUCUGGUAAUUCAGGCAGCACCUUUCCGCAGGCUGAAGCUGGCCCAGAUCAUCCGUCAGGUCCAGGCAAUGUUCCCCUUCUUCAGGGAUGACUACGAAGGCUGGAAGGACUCCAUCCGCCACAACCUUUCCUCUAACCGGUGCUUCCGGAAGGUGCCCAAGGACCCUGCAAAGCCCCAGGCCAAGGGCAACUUCUGGGCGGUGGAUGUGAGCCUGAUCCCAGCAGAGGCGCUGCGCCUUCAGAACACUGCCUUGUGCCGGCGAUGGCAGACCCGGGGCACACACAGAGCUUUCGUCAAGGACCUGAGCCCCUACGUGCUCCAUGGCCGGCCUUACCGGCCGCCCAGUCCCCCACCACCAUCUAGGGACGGUUUCAGCAUCCAGUCCCUGCUAGCGGAAACGGGGAAAGGAUCAACAUGGCCCCAGCAGCCUGCGCUAGCUGGACAGAGCAGUUCAGCUCAGGCAGGUACCAGAUCCAAAGGGGAAGAAGAGAUGUGUACUGCACCCCGUAACUCCACUGAGAAGCCUCUGUGGCCCCUCUGCUCCCUUCCUGGGCCCACAAGAAUAGAGGGGGAGACGUCCCAAGGGGAAGUCAUCAGGCCUUCUCUUUCCCCAGAGCAAGGCACCUGGCCAGUCCACUUACUUCAGGGUUCCCAAGAUCCCAUGGGAAUGUCCAGCAGGGGGUGCAGAGCUUCCCUGUGGGGACAGCUACCCACUUCUUACUUGCCCAUCUACACUCCCAAUGUAGUAGUGCCCUUGGCCACACUACCUCCCACCUCUUGUCCCCAGUGCCCAUCUUCAACCAGUCCAGCCUACUGGAGUGUAGGUACUGAGUCCCAAGGAUCCCCAGACCUGCUCUGUGAUCUAGAUUCCCUCUUCCAGGGAGUACCACCCAACAAGAGCAUCUAUGAUGUGUGGGCCAGCCACCCUUGGGACCUGGCUGCUCCUGCCCCCGGCUGGCUGCUCUCCUGGUACAACCUGUAAUAGUUCAAGGCAGGCAGGGGCUGCUUCUCCCUUCUACCCCUGGGUACCAUUUUGAUGGAGACCAGACCUGGGAGCAUGUCCACAGCAAUAGCUUUAAAACACCAGGCACGGCCUUGCUGAAAACCCACAACUUUAAUUGGCUACUCCAGAAAGGGUUUUGCCUCUGCUAGACCCGGCAGGUCUGGCCAAUCACUCUCCCACACACAGGGACGGGAUCUGGAGAAGCAGUCAGCCUAGAGUGGUGCAUCUUCUCUCUAUCCCACUCUGUCAUGCCAUCCAUCUAGCCAUCUAGCCAUCCCUCUGUCACCGCGCCUUCUUGGCUCCAGGCUGGGGGAGGGCGAGCCAAAAGUGGGUCUAUUCUGAAGUCUUCCCCCCACCCCUCAACUGCCUGGAUAGGAGGUAGCACCUUUUGGGAAAAGGGUUAGAAAAUGAAAUCUGGACCCCACAUGAUUUGGGGUGGUGGAAGUAGGGGAGAGAUUAACAGUAAAGGAAUUUACAAGGCUUUAA